GAGAGAGUGACGUGGGUGGGCGAAAGAAAGUGGUGGGGGUAGGUGUAGUGGAUCCAUUCAUGCAACCGACGUACAGUGCGGAAGGUGCAGGCGGUGGAGCAAGCAGCCAGAGCCUGAUUGGCCGUUGGCGGGUGCGGACUGAACACUUUGACUACCGCCGCGGCGACCGCGUGUCUAUGCACGCGUGUGUCACGCGCGGUGCCGCGCUGUUGCUGUCGUCAUCGUUGCCUAGUAGCGCUAUAGUAAAUCAUGGACGCUCCGACUGAAGCCACGUGGUGCUGUUGGUAGUGGUGGUGGUCGUCGCCUGGUAGAUCGCAACGCGAAUCGAAAUCCCGAGAGGAAAAAUGGUCGCGGAGGUUUGGAGGCUGCCUCACAGACGACAUGCAACGAUGUAUCUGGUUCAUUUGCAUAUAUCAUAAGGGGAAAGAAAUUGCAGAAACGCGGGGGAUAUUUUCUUGUCGCGCUAUUGGACGCGGAUUCGACUGAUGUGUGGCUUGCACGUAACUUUCAGUCGCCUGGAAAGUUACACACGUAAGAGAAGAUCAAGCGAGUUCUCCCACAUUGCGCCCGGGCAUGUACUGUAGAAGUUGUAAUUCGGAGGACGACGAGAAGCCGGCCUCGCUUAAUCCAACGUUGCAAUCAGAUCCAGGACUUUGUGGAGCUUGGAUGCAAACUCAACGUCUAGCUCUUUCAGCGAAUUCGAAGCUCAGAGCAACGGGAACCACAAACGCGUCUUCAUUGCACUCCAUCCGACUUGGAUGCAGUGACUCGCCUCGGCGGAGGCUCUCGAGUUUCGUCGAGGGAAUUGCGACUCCUCGUCAAGAUUCAGACCGGGCAUUCUCCAAGGUACUGCUCUGUGGCCAAGAAAGGAGCACACCCACGACACACCCAUGAAACGCCGGCGAGAAGCGCGAAUCGACAUUCCACGGCGGAAACAAAUGUUUAUUGCGCCCGCGUUUAUUCCGGUGAAUUGUGCCGCGCGCGGCGAGAAUUCGCAUUUUGCAGUUUCCUUCGCCUUGCCGUCGCCAAUAUGCACCGCAAUCGUAAAUCAGGUUUAUGCGCGAACGCGUCCAUUCGUAGGGGAAAUAUCAGGAAAAAUAAGAGCGCGUGGUAUUGUCUGGGUGAACGUGCACGCAUUACUCGAGUGCACUUUGAUCCUUAGUCGGGCGCGGCCGCGAUGAUCGCAUCAUCUCCGAGCGCAAUGCCUGCACGGAAAAGAAUAAUUUUGCUCUUUUAGCAAAAUCAUCGUUGCUACUGCAUAUUCGUAGUGACAUAAAGAAAAUUUAGUUGACGUAACUAAUUUU